AUGAAGAUCCUGGCUGUUUUAUCACUGAUAUUUGCAAUCUGUUCUUGCGAUAAUACAACCUAUACAACCAAGUAUGACGAUGUGAAUUUGGAUGACGUUUUGGCAAGUGACAGAUUGCUGACUGGUUAUAUCAACUGUCUUCUAGAUAAUGGGCCUUGUACACCCGAUGCUAAGGAAUUGAGAAAAAACCUUCCUGAUGCCAUACAGAAUGACUGCAAGAAGUGUAGUGAUCGCCAACGAGAGGGUGCUGAUAAAGUGAUGCAGUUUAUCAUAGACAAUAGACCCGAAGAUUGGCAAACCUUGGAGGAAAAAUUCAAUCCUGAUGGUAGUUACAGGCUUCAGUACUUAUCGAGGAAAAACUUCUUAAACUCAACCGAGCCGUCAAUAAAUUAA